AUGGAUUUAUAUCCUUAUAGCUAUAAAUAUUUAAAGAUGAAUUUAAAACUUAAACAAUAUUGUCAAAGAGCAUUCCCAACUGUGAAGGAGAUGGUAACCGGAUAUGUUGAACUGCCAGCCAAUUCAGUGGAACGACCAUUCUGGGUGGUGAUGUCCGAGCAAUUCCAAGAACCAAAGGUCUACAAGUACCACAAUUCCAAUAUCAACAGAAUAAAGUUACAAAAGGAGUAUGAUACCAAAUUCUUUGUACCGAGAAUUAACGAGGGUAGAUCUAUCAGAUAUUUCAGUGACGAGAAAUUGGCAAUUCCAAGACUCGAUGAGUCUGAGGUUCAAGCGAUGCUACAACAAUUAUCAGCCAAAGAAGAUUCCCCAGAGAUCAAAGAUAAAGCCAUCUUUUUAUCAAAUCUUUUAAAGAACUCAAGAAAAUAA